AAAGAAACAGACACUGACAAGUGCGAUCUGAAAGUUUCCAGUAAAGAUCUGCAACUCGUUGAGGAGCUCUCAGUACCAGGUGGACAUCAUGAGUGACGUUAAUCCUGAAGAUGCAAGCCAGACUGUGAAUGAAUUGUGUUGGGAGUGCGGUCAGACCCAUAUGGUGGUAGAGAACCAUUUGUACGACUAUCAAGAUGAAGUGGAUGAUGAACUAGUUUGUCACAUUUGCCUGCAGCCCCUGCUGCAGCCUCUGGACACUCCAUGUGGCCACACGUUUUGUUUUAAGUGCCUGGAGAAUUUCUUGCAAGAGCAGGAUUUCUGCCCGAUGGAUCGUAAGAGGCUUCACUUCCAGCACUGUCGGAAAUCCAGCCUCCUGGUGCGGAACCUACUCGAUAAGCUGAUCGUUUUUUGCCCUUUUCGAUUGGACUGUGGGAAGGUUAUGCAACGCUGUGAGCUCGACCCACAUCUCCGGAAUAGGUGCCCUGGCCUGACAAAGCACAGAAUUAAAAUUGAAAACAAGAGGCAAUCUAGCUUGAAGAUAAACCAAGACCCAGCACCAGAUGAUGAAACAAUAGCUUCAGAAGGUUCUGCAGCAGCUAUUGUCUCCCUCAGAACUGCUGAGCCUGGACUUGUUAACCCUGCUUUUGAAGAAGAUCGGGAAGAAGAUGGUAAGAAUUUGGCUGCCUAAGUAUUUAUAUUCAAC